GUGUCCUAGUUUUAUAUUUUUUUUCUAUUUUAUUAAUAAUUUUACUUCAGCCUUAUAAAAUGUUAACAAUUGUUUGUUGUUAAAAGUGUUCAUUCUUUGCUUAUUAUGUUUUCAUACAAAUUUUUGUAAUGAAACGCCACGGCGGGAGAUCUGAUUUCGUUAAUGCUCGAUUAUCACACAAGAAAAUCCAUAAUAGGAAUCAGCCAAUAAAUAAUUUUGGUUCUAGUUAUUCAAGUUUUGAUCUAACCGAAGAGGUUGUUGAUAGUUUCUACAAAAGUGAUGAGUUUAAAGCUUUAUCAAAUACAUCAGACUCAUUUAUUAGAAAACGAGUCACUGAAAAGGACCUCGUUCCAUCUUGCUGCACGUUAACUAAAGAUAUAAGAUAUGAAGGACUGCUGAAACCGUUAAUAAAAAUUACUGUAAUACCAAAUUUAAAAUUAUUUAAACAUAUAAACACCAGAAAAUACUUUCGCAGCUCUGCGUCUAACGAAAACAACUCCAUUGACCGUGAAGUUUGUUAUAUUUCUCAAAAAGGAAGAAAAAACAGGAAAGAGAAUAUUUACGCGAUAAAACUCUCAGAGAGUGUUAAUGAUUAUAGAAAAAAUCAUCAUGAACAAAUGCACAUAGAGCAAAAUUAUAAACAGUUACUUGACUCAAUGAAUAUGGAUAAAAAUUUCAAACGGAACAGAAAGAAAGAACGCCACGAUGAGCACGAAACGCGUAGUCGUGAUAUUCAAAGGAACAGGAGCACGAGCAAAGAUCGAACACCACAUGCUGAUCCAUCCAAAAGUCGGGUCACCAUCUUUGGACAGUUGGGUUUGAACGAAAAUGACCAAUUUGUGCUCAACUGUGCUGCAACUGUCAAUGACGAAUCAGUUCCAACAAAUGUCACACAAAUCAAUCCAAUGCGAAGUUCCAAAAAUAUGGAAAACACAAAUAAACAGAAGAAUAGUACACAGUCAUACGAAAGAUAUAAAGAGCAGCCUUUUGAAUCGGAAUAUUCGAGAAAUUAUGGGAGCGAUAAAUGUGUACGAAUGGAAUCUCAAGGAGUCCAAGUAAAUUUUUGCAUUUCUAAAAAUAAUACAAAAGAUAAAAUAAUGUGUGAUAAAAUAAUACAAUGUGUAUGCAAUAAUGGUGAAGAGACAGCUCUAACAAAAAACAUAAGUGAAGGAAAUAUUUUAAAAGAAUGUAGAAGUCCUAUAGUAAUCAUAUCAGUAUAUCAAAAUCAGGAAAAUAAUGAUAAUAAUAUAGCUGUUACGGUUGAAAAGGGAAUGCAACCUCAAAAAAAUAUAAAUACCAAGUACAGACAUAAAGAUGAAAAUAAACGAAAAUUUGAAACUAAAAUAAUAAACGUGUCUAAUUAUACCCAAAAAUCGCGAUCUCCUUCACCAGUGAAAGCACAAAAAGAAAGCGAUCAAAAAUCAUUUAGGCCUAAAGUACAGAGUGAAGCUGAAUAUAGAACAAUAAAAAAUAAACCCAUAGUAAACCGCUUAGAAUCAUUGAAUCACACACCAAAUUUUAAAAGGAAAGAUAGAUUGGUAAAACAAAACGUCAAUGAAUUACAACGAAUGCGUUAUAACCAAAAAGGACAACCAUCGUUACGCACAAUGAUAGUUGAACGUUCUGAAACUAAAGAAACAGAAGUUCCGAAUACGUUCAAUACACGUAACAACCUGAAAAGAAACCUUAUUGACGGACACAUAAAAGAAAAAUACAGUAAUGAAAUAAUAAAACAUAAAAGCAAAGAAAGACGUAAACUACCAGAUAAAGAUAAUUCCAAAUUAACUGUUAAUAUAGAUGGCGAUAAUGAACAUUACGAUGUGUAUUUCCAACAGACUAAAUUCAACACUGAUUUAGCAGUCCGAAAAACCUUGAAAAAUUAUAUGUCCAAUAAACUUAUUCCUAGCAAAGAUGAAAAUCAUUUAUGGCAGAGAAAUGAUUCAAAACAAAGAACAAAAUCUUAUUUGCAGGAAAGCCCUCCUUCGGUAUCCAGAGAUAAUCAAAAUAAUGGAAGGAGAAUAUCAAAAUUAAGUGCAAGGGAUAGUCUUGAGAUUUCACAAAGACGAGGUAUGCAUAGCAUUACAUCGCCAGGGAAAUUAAAGACAUCAAAGAGAGACCAACAAAUAGGUGAAGCUAAUCAUUCUGGCCUUUCAAAUGACCCUAAAAAACAUUAUACAGGAGACAAUUGCUCAUUAGAAGAUCCCAUAGAAAGAGAUAAGGAAAUCAGAGAAUUACUAGGGUUGCUAACAAGGAGCAAAGAUGACACAAAAAUAUGUCAAUCUAAGGAUUGCAAUGACCAUUAUAUUGGGCCGCGUUUAAAGAAGACCAAAAAAUGGAGUUCAAAGGCAGUGAUGACAAGUGCGAGUGUGUCAAAAUUUUUCGCACGUAAAUACAUAAACACGAUGCUACUUAAGAAAAAAGAAGAUUGUAUUUUCAAGAACACUAAACAUGUUUCCGGUGAUAACAAUGUGGCAAAUAAAAAAUCACAGAUUCCAACUGACAAAGUAAAACCAGUUAAUCACGCUAAAAUCAUGUUAAAUCAUAGACAAUACGAGAAAAUUCGAAGAACUAUUAAUUACAGCAUUUUAAAGAAAUACAGCAAAGAUAGAAGAAGAAUCACAUUUAAACAUUACUGUAUUAUUUCAAUAGCGGAUAUCAAAUUAAAAUCUAGGAUCAAGAAAGCGAAAAAAAUGGAUAAAAUAAUACAAACAGGGGACACAAAAGAACAGUAUACUGGUACCGGUGAAGAAAAAAACGUGGAAGUAUUAUUUCAUAUGGACUCUAAAAAAGCUUCAGCUAAAUCUGAGAAAAUUGAAAGUGAAAUUAUGAAUGAUGUACAAACCAUCUACAAUAAAGAAGACGUCGUUCUUAAUAAAAAUACUGACUUCCCCGAUCACGCGUUACAAGUAAGAUAUGCAAGUGUAUCCUUUAUGGAGCAUAUUUCCUAUGCAUCUCUACAAAGCAAACAUCGCGAAUCUAGUUGCAGGAUGUCGGUUGCCAGAAUUAAUUCAAUGCAAGCUAUUUUUAAAGCUGCUAGAAAUUGUGCUACACCAAAUCUGGGAACGUCGACCGUAUCAUUGAAAUCAGUGAAAACCAAACAUUCUCAAAGUUGUGCUAAUUUUAACGGACCUGAAUGUAAAAGUAAAAGGCAUUUUCUGAGACGUCUAGUAUCAUGCGUAAUUAUGAAAACUUCAAAGUCCGAUGUAAACCGGAUCGAUGAUAGGCAUAUUUCAAGAUUUCCACCCCACCCACCAUCGGUGAACGAUGCUUCUUAUGACUCUUACUAUAUUAACACAUCGCUUGCACCAUUUGAUAUGACGUCAUCUUUAUACGAUACGUCUGCCUCGUUUUAUAGCAACCACACAAUUUGGCCAGCAAAUAAAAUCAAAAGAAGUUUCUUUAGUUCUGUUCGAGGCCUUUUGACGAAUCGCCGAAAUGAUCAUAUUUGAAUCAUUAAAAUAAUAGAUAUAGUUUUUAUAUUUUUUGCAUAUAGUUUUUGAGAAUUUUAAAUUAAAUAUUGUGGUAACGUA